AUGGCGAUAGUUGAUUCAAAUUGGAAAUCAAAUAUUUUUUGUCAACUUAAAGAACGUAAACGUCAAUCGAAUGUAUAUGAGAACAUUAUAGAACAUUACAAUCGCAUUUUGGAAAAUAAUACAAUUCUACAAGUUCAAUGUGUUAAACUUGAAAAAGAUGUUUAUCAUUUACGUUUAGCUAAUUCUGAUUUAGAAAAAACAGCUGAAGCAAGUCAAGAAUUAGUAAAUAUUAAUAAUAAAUUAAAUGAAGCUAAUGAAGAAGUAGUUACACAUUUACGAGAGAAAGGUGAACUUGCUCGAGAAGUUCUUCGAUUAAAUCAUGCUUUAACUGAUAUAAAUGAAAAGUUCACUAGAGAAGAAAUAAAAACUCAACAAUAUAAAAAUGAAAAUGAUGAAUUGCAUGAACAAUUAGAAAUAGCAGAAUUUCAUAUAAAUGAACUUGUACAAACUAAUCAAAUACUUCGAGAUGAAUUUGAAGCUGUUAAAAGUAAUGUUGAUCGAUUACAAAUAGAUUAUAAUCAAAUGAAACCAACUUGUAUUGAACUUGAACAAGAAUUGAAAAUAGCUAAACGAAUAAAUAAACAAAUGGAAGAUGAAUUAAUGUUUUAUAAAAAUCAACAAGCUGCUAUGCAUGAUUAUGAAAAUGAACAAUUUAAUAACAAAGUUAAUAAAAAAGUUGAAGUACGAAAACUAGCUGAGCCAAGUAUUUUUUUUGAUGAUGAUAUUGUUAUUGUUCCAUCAGUUGAAUAUUCACCAGAUUCAUAUCAAGAUACUUUCGGGAAUGCAAAUAAUAAUCCAAUGUACUAUUCUUUUGAUGAAUCAUUACAUCGAGAAAAUCAAAGUAGUAUGCAUGGUUUGAAUCAUGGUGGAAGAAAUUUAUUAACAAGUUUUAUGCGUAAAUUUGCACAUGGAAUAACUAAUAGCAGCAAUGAUAGACUCUAUCGAACAUCAACAAGUUGUCUGUCGGCUUCUAUUCCAACACGUAUAACAGCUCGUUGGGAUUGUACUGAACUUGAAGUAUAUGCUCUACAAUUUCAACCAUCUGGCUCAAUAUUAGCGACAGGAUGUAGUGAUAAAAUGAUUCAUUUAUGGGAAAUUUCAUCAACUGGUCAACAACAUAAAUAUUGUUCACUUCAAGGUAGUCAUGGAGCAAUUAAUGCACUGGAUUUUGAUAAUGAAGGAUUUCGUCUUUUGGCUGGAUGUUCCGGUGAUAAAGCGUAUAUUUGGUCAUAUGGAGAACAGAGAAUGCUUAAAGAUACCUAUACUGGUCAUGAACGCUUAAUAAAUACUUGUAAAUUUAUUUCUGGAACAAAACUAGUAACGGGUAGUGCUGAUCGAACAAUUAAAAUAUGGGAUUUAUAUAGUCGACAUUGCAUUGAAACUUUAUUAGCUGGUUCAAAAUGUCAUGAUUUAGUAGUCAAAGAUGCAACUGGUACAAUCAUAAGUGGUCAUUUUGAUAAAAAAAUUCGUAUAUGGGAUCCAAUUACAAAUAAAUGUCGAACUGCAUUAGAAUAUGAUGCAGCAAUUACAUCAUUAUCAUAUAAUGAUGAAAAACAACGAUUGCUUGCAUGUUUUAGAAAUGAUACACUGAGAUUAAUUGAUUUAAGACAAAAUAAAAUUGUUUCGACAUUUAAACAUGACAAUUUUAAAGUAAGCACAGAUACAAACAAAGCUGUUUUAUCACCCGAUGGUCAUUAUGCUUGUGUUGGUUCUCAAGAUGGUUCUCUAGUUGUGUGGAAUAUGGAAAAUAAACAGUGUGAAAAUGUUCUAAAACAAAAACAUAAUACAAUGGUCACAUCAGUUGCUUGGCAACCCGAUGGAAAAUAUGUUGCAUCUUGUGAAAAACAUCGUCAAGUUAUUCUUUGGAGUCAAUCAUAA